CUUCACUAGUUUCUGAGCUUCAUCCGCGCCGAAUGGAGAGCGUCCUAUCGAGCAUUUAAAGCUGGCCUAAGUGCAUGAAGACACUCUGGUGCAAUAAUGGAGGCCUGGCCAACAGUGGCCUGGGUCCUGCUGCUGACCACCAUCACUGACUGGGUGAAAACUGCGCAGUCACGGGACUUCACCAUGAAGGAUAUCAUCCUGCUGCACCCCUCAACUACUCCUUACCCUGGCGGAUUCAAGUGCUUCACAUGCCAAGAUGCUGUAGACAACUACGACUGCAACCGCUGGGCCCCGGACGUGUACUGUCCAAAGGAUACUAAAUACUGCUCCACCCUCCACAUGAUGGAUAGAAGUGGGGAAAGUGUGUCUGUGACCAAGCGCUGUGCCACCUUGGAGGAGUGUCUGUUCACUGGCUGUGCUGACGUUGCCGAUACUGGCUACCAGGUGUGCUCUUCCUGCUGUGAGGGGAACAUCUGCAACGUGUUGGUGCCCAGAAAUGACAGCAGUGCCAUUUUCUCCUCCAUUUCUCCUUUGGUUAGUUUGAGCGGGAGUCUUCAUUCUAGAGCGCUGUGCUUCAUCAUCAUCGCCAUCAUUGUUGUCAUCUUCACAGCUGGACGUGUUUGAGACACGUAGAAAGAGAACAGCUGGUAUGUGUAGUGGCAGAACUGGGACCUGUGUUGGCUGCGUGUUUCAGUAACUGAAGGUUUAAAGACAUUUUUAUAUGCAAGACAACUGAUUCAACUUUGGUUUCCUUUCUUCUUUUCCACUUUUUUAAUAGUCGAUCUGCAUUUCUGUGUUUUCUGUUAUAUUUAUAAUGUUACUUUGUAUAUAGCUCAUAAUAAACAUCUGAGUCAAAAGCUCAGGCUUCACAAUGAUCUAAACACUGUCUCAGAUAUGUCUUCUACUCCUGGCUCUGCGUGACGAUGCUGACUAUCCCUAAUAUGGUAGAUCAUUAUAGACUUAAACAAUAAUAAGAGAAGACAUCUGGAUUUUUAAAACCUAAAGAAGUCCAGUUGCCUCCCUUUUUCAAGCUCUCAGGACUCCCUAAUAUGGUCAUCAGAGCA